AGGCACGCAAACGCAGCAGUGUCUCGUGAUGGGGGCGGUUUGGCGUCAGUCUUUCCCGUCUGGAGUCUGACGCACUCCGCCAGCCAAUAAGCUCAUGUAGCACUUCGGCGCCCGAGCCCGCUGUGGAGGCAGGAUUUCUUCAGAUAAAGAUGGCAGAUGUUGUCGAAGGAGACGGCACUCGCUCCGCUGGUCCUUCCACGCUUCACUCGGCGGCUCGCAACGGCUCCGGCAUGAGCUCGGGAACGGGCGCCGGCGGCCUCGUCGCGACCACGGUCACCUCCGGGCCUCGGCUGGUCCGCAUCGUCAAGUCGGACUCGGGCUAUGGCUUCAAUGUCCGCGGGCAAGUAAGCGAAGGAGGGCAACUGAGGAGCAUCAACGGCGAACUUUAUGCCCCGCUGCAGCACGUCAGCGCCGUGUUACCGGGCGGCGCGGCAGACCGAGCCGGAAUCUCAAAGGGCGACCGUAUUCUGGAAGUAAAUGGGGUGAAUGUGGAAGGGGCCACUCAUAAGCAGGUGGUAGAUCUCAUCCGAGCAGGAGAGAAAGAGUUGGUCUUGGCCGUCCUGUCGGUUCCUCAGCCAGAGACGGACAGCCUUGAUCCCGGGGACGACGGCUCGUCGCAGUCCUGCUAUGACUACAGCGACAAGCAGGCCGUGCCCAUCUCCGUACCCACCUACAAACAUGUAGAACAGAACGGAGAGAAGUUUGUAGUCUACAAUGUGUACAUGGCAGGCAGGCAGCUGUGCUCAAAACGUUAUCGGGAGUUUGCCAUCUUGCAUCAGAAUCUGAAGAGGGAAUUUGCCAACUUUGCAUUUCCUAAGCUGCCGGGGAAAUGGCCUUUCUCCCUGUCUGAGCAACAGCUAGACGCUCGCAGGCGAGGGCUGGAGGAAUACUUGGAGAAAGUGUGUUCUGUUCGGGUAAUCGGAGAGAGCGACAUCAUGCAGGAGUUUUUGUCGGAGUCUGAUGAGAAUUAUAAUGGUGUUUCUGAUGUGGAGCUGAGGAUAGCCAUGCCAGACAAGACUACAGUUACUGUCCGGGUGCGAAAGAAUUGCACAACAGACCAAGUCUACCAGGCUGUUGUAACAAAAAUUGGGAUGGACAGCAUUACUGCAAGUUAUUUUGCCCUGUUUGAAGUCAUUAACCACUCCUUUGCACGCAAGCUGGCUCCUAAUGAGUUUCCACAUAAGCUGUAUGUGCAGAACUAUACAUCUGCCGUCCCAGGCACCUGCCUCACGCUUCGCAAGUGGCUCUUUACCACAGAAGAAGAGAUUCUGCUCAACGAUAAUGAGCUGGCCAUCAACUACUGCUUUCAUCAGGCUCUGGAUGAUGUGAAAAAGGGAUUCAUCAAAGUGGGAGAGAAAUCCUACCAGCUCCAAAAGCUCACUGAACAGAGGAAAAUGACCAUGUAUUUAAGUAUUCUGAGGACUUGUGAGGGCUACAAUGAGAUCACUUUCCCGCACUGCUCCUGUGACUCACGAAGGAAAGGUCACGUCGUUACGGCGAUAAGCAUCCGCCACUUUAAACUCCAUGCGUGCACAGAGGAUGGCACUCUAGAGAAUCAGGUGAUAGCUUUUGAAUGGUCCGAGAUGCAGAGAUGGGACACGGACGAAGAGGGAAUGGCUUUCUGUUUUGAGUAUGCGCGAGGGGAGAAGAAACCUCGUUGGGUCAAAAUCUUCACUCCAUAUUUCAACUACAUGCACGAGUGCUUCGAGAGAGUCUUCUGUGAGCUCAAAUGGAGAAAAGAGGUCGAGGAGGAGGCCACAGACAAGGACAAUAAGAACUGCAGUAAAGAUGGUAUGUGCGGUAAGAAUAUCUUCCAACUGUUGAGGCACAGAAGGGAUGGAGGCACAUGAACGAAGAGAUCAUCUCCUCUUGAAUUCUCAAAUACAUGCACACAUACACUAAAAGCUGCAUACAGAGACUCCGAAAACAUUUCAAACCAGGCCCAUAUGCUUACACGUACUCCACUACUGAUACACACUAACUGAAAUGGGAAGAAACAAAGCAGGAAAUGACACAACCACAGUUCAACGAUCAAAAUAUGGAACUACAAGAGACUUUUAGAGACUUACGCCAUCAUUUCACUGGACUGGACAGAAUUAUGUUGGACGUACUGACUGCCAGAGAGAGACAACGCUGAAAGACAGACGUGAUGAAGAGGUGAUGUCUGAUGAACGCACCCUGGUCGUUGACAUGGCACCAGCAUUGUGACUAACUCAUGUCAUGUGACUGGUCUUCAGAUGCAGACAGCUGAGAGACUGACCUGUGUUUCUGCGGAGUGCGUCAAUUCGAAGACACGAAAACGUCGGCGGUCUGACUAAUGCAUCAUGCUGACACUAACACACGCACCUGUGAGGGCAGAGAUGCUCUCUCAGAAUGUAUCAGUUCAAAAAAAGAAUAUAAAAAAAGCAAAAACCAUUACUACAUUUUCCACUUGGACAAUCAGAGUGAGAGAGGGAAAGAGAAAAUGACCCUUUUCAAGCGAGCAGAAACGAGGGCGAGAGAGACAGAUCAAUACUUUCCAUGCUUUUCCACACUAAUUUGUCUCUUACCUCACUAUUGCCACUGUGUUGGUAGUAGGUUUGUACAGAUUUUCAGCCCUUUAGCUGAACUGAGGUUUUUAAUUUCAUUUUUUUUCGUUUGUGCUCUCAUCUGUCUUUUAUUGUCCAAAGCAGUAUUUGAUUGCAUUAGCCAUCGCCAGGCCCAGAUGGAAUUUCUGUGCUGAUUUUAUUUUUAAUUUUUUUUUUGGAAAUUUCUGCUGGUAAAAUGUGUUCGAUUGGUCAAUGACGUAAUGCUCUUUUUUUAAAAAAAUCUAUUAUUUAUUCAAAAUAUGGUAAGAAUGCAAUUCAUAUAUAUAGAUGUUGAAUACACCUCUUAUUAAUCAUGUUUUUAUUAAUUUCUGAGAUAAAAUAUUUCCAAUUCAUUCCAAAUCAUUCGUUCCAUAUUCAUAAUUCAUAAUAUUUGCAAAAACAAUGGUAACACUUCACAGUAAGGUUGUUAAAAUUAGUUAAUGCAGUAACUAACAUGAACAAUGAGCAAUGCAUUUAUCACACUAUUUAUUAAUCUUUGUUAAUGUUAGUUAAUAAAUUCGGUCAUUGUUAAUGUUAGUUCACAGAGCAUUAACUAAUGUUAACAAACACAACUUGUGGUUUUAAUAAGGCAUUAGUAAAUGCUGAAAUUAACAUUGAGAUUAAUAAAUGCUGUAGACAUAUUGUUCAUUCUUAGUUCAUGUGAACUAAUUUGGUAACUAAUAAAUGUUAUUGUAAAGUGUUACCAAAAUGAUACUUUUAACCUUGAAAAAUAGAUUUAAAACUUUUUCAGUGGUUCUCACCUUUUUUGCUUUUCCGACACAGUAUUUAAAGGCCCUUAGUAUUAGUCUUACUAGUAUUUACUAGUAUUACUAGUAUUAUUGGUAACACUGCAGUAAGGCAUCAUUUGUUCACAUUCAGGUACCAGUCAGCAAUCGCAGGCAGUUUCUGUCAGUGUGAACAUUUGUUCACAUUAAUGUAUUAACUAACAAGAACGAACAAUGAACAAUACAUUUAUCACUAUUUAUUCAUCUUUGUUAAUUUUAAUAUUCAUUGUUACAACAAACACAACUUGUGAUUUAUAUAACACAUUAGUAAAUGCUAAAAUGAACAUUAACUAAGAUUAAUAAAUGCUGUAGAAGUAUUGUUCUUUCUUAGUUAUGUUAAAUAUUGUAGUUAACUAAUGUUAAAUAAUGAACCUUAUUGUAAAGUGUUACCAAAACAAUACUUUUCACCUUGAAAGAUAUAUUUAAAACUUUAAAGUUAAAAAGGUUUUUUUCAGUUGUUCUGAACAUUUUUCUCCUCAACAAAAAUGCAGGACAGACAGUGUAUUAGUUUUACUAGUAUUUGCUAGUAUUACUUGUAUGAUUGGUAACACUUCACAGUAGUGUCAUUUGUUAACAUUAAUUAAUAUGUUAGCUAACAUGAACAAACAAUGAACACAUUUAUGACACAAUUUAUUAAUCUUUAAUGUUAGUUAAUAUAAAUAUAGUCAUUCAUUUAUGUUUAAAAUCGACUUGCAUUUAAUAAUGCAUUAAUAAAUGCUGAAAUUAACAUGAACUAAGAUUAAUAAAUGCUGUAGAAGUAUUGUUUAAGUAUUGUACUCGCCCCCUUGUCAUCCAAGAUGUUUGUGUUUUUUCUUUCUUCAGUCAAUAAGAAAUUAUAAAAUCAGGCAUUAUCUCCAUAUUGUGGAGUUCAAUUGUGCCCCCAAGUUUGAACUUCCAAAAUGUAGUUUAAAUGCAGCUCAAAUGGCUCUAAACAAUCCCAGCCGAGGAAGAAGGCUCUUAUCUAGCAAAACGAUUGGUCAUUUUCAAAACAAAUUGACAAUUUAUAUACUUUUUAACCUUAAACACUCAAUUUAAGUCUGCGUAAUUUUUUUUUCCCCUGGUUCAGUAUGGGCAAUACAGUUAGGGUAUGUUGAAAAACUCCCAUCUCGUUUUCUUCCCCAACUUCAAGAUCGUCAUACAUCGACCCAAUGUUUACAAAGUGAACAUGCAAAGAAUAUCAAACACCCUUUACAAAAAAAGGUAAAACGGCAAUGUAGGACGAUUUUGACGUUAAAGAAGAAAGCGAGACAGGAGUUUUUCGACAUUCCCUAACUCUAUUAACCCAGGUUACACAGACUAUGCAUACGCAUCACAGAGACGAGCAUUUGAGGUUAAAAAGUAUAUAAAUUGUCAAUUUGUUUCGAAAAUGACAGAUCGUUUUGCUAGGUAAGAACCUUCUUCCUCGGUUGAGAUUGUUUAGAGUCAUUUAAAGCCGCAUUUAAACUGCAUUUUGGAAGUUACAACUUGGGGGCACCAUUGAAGUCCAUUAUAUGGAGAUAAUUCCUGAAAUGUUUUCCUCAAGAAACAAUUUCUUAUUGAGUGAAGAAAGGCAGACAUGAACAUCUUAGAUGACAAGGGGGUGAGUAAAUUAUCUGUAAAUUUUUGUUCUGGAAGCAGACUUCUCCUUUAACGUUAAUGUGUAUUAACUAACAAAAAAAACGAACACUGAACAAUGUUAGUUAAUAUAAGUAUAGUCAUUCAGUUAGUUAAUGUUAGUUCACCGCGCAUUAACUUAUGACAACAUGUGAUUUUUAUAACACAUUAGUAAAUGUUGAAAUUAACACAAUCUAAGAUUGUUAACUAAUGUAGUUUACUAAUGUUAACUCAUGAACUCUAUUGUAAAGUGUUACCAAAACAAUACUUUUCACCUUGAAAGAUAUAUAAAACACAAUAUUUAAAGGCUUUAGUGUUAUUUUUACUAGGAUUUUCUAGUAUUAUUGGUAACACUUUACAAUAAGGUGUCAUUUGUUAACAUUAAUGUAUUAACUAACAUGAACAAACAACAAAAAAUAUUUAUUACAGUAUUUAUUCAUCUUUGUUAACGUUAGUUAAUAAAAAUACAGUUGUUCAUUAUUAGUUCAUGUUAUUUCACAGUGCGUUAACUAAUGUUAACAAACAGCUUGUGAUUUUAGUAAUGCAUUAGUGUUGAAGUUAAUAUUAACUAAGAUUAAUAAAUGCUGUAGAAGUGUUGUUCAUUCUUAGGUUGUUGACUAAUGAAACCUUAUUGUAAAGUGUUACCGUAUUAUAUUGCUUUUAAUAAGUUUUGCUGUAGUUAUUAUAAAGCUGCUUGUUUUCAAACUGUUUUAUUAACUAGGAGUGUCAGUAUAUAUUAAAUACAUUUUCCAAAAAAAUUGUAUGUACUUUAAUAAAACAAAAGUUGCUGAGGGAAAACAAAUUUAAUUAUUUGAAUAGAACUAUAAUUGAAAUAGUUCUCCUAAUUUUGAGUCAUCCACAUUGUUUUUCAAUACCAUAUGAAACCAACAUAAAAGGUGUAUUUCUAAACAUCUUUUUUUUAUGGGCGCUCUCGCAUGUCAAAGACCCAAACACAGCUGAGAGUCAUUUUAAUAUUAGCUAAAUGCAUGAUCAAAUCGCCUUUAUUUGUAUGAUGUUCAAAGUGAACACUCAAGGGCUGGUGAAAAUGACGAACUUGUGAAUUCUGGGUGUUGUGAAUCUGCAGAGAUUGUGUGUGGGUCUGGCCAUGGCUGUGGAACACCUGCCCACUGAUCAUCUGUACCAGUGCUGUGUGGGUGUUUGCUCUCCUCAUAUAUGACUUGAGUUGUAUUAACAGUGUUAUAAAUGUGAAGCACUGAAUUGGAAAGCCAGCAGUGUUAGUUAUGUGUGCAUAUUGGGCUGCCAUGCCUUCAUCCGUCAGUAGGAGGCUCUGAACGCACAGGAAGCGUCUGCAUCCACCACGUGUGAGUGUUUAUCCAUUGACUUUUUUUCUUCAGUGUUACUUAUUGUAGCGCAGGCGCAUACAAACCUGUCACUCCGGACCAGUCAUGACAUGUUUUGCACUUUUUAAAUGAUGUGUGUGUGUGUGUGUGAUGUGUGUUAAAAACAGACAGCAUGCCAUUUCUGUCCUGCACUGUUCUGUCCUGCACUGUUGCGUCUCUGUCAUCACAUUCGUCGACUUUAAAGGGAUAUUUUGGUUUCAAUAUCCACCCUUUUCCUUAACGCCGAAGUAAGCCUAUGGGUGAGACUUCCGGUUCGUUAGGAAAAUAACGAGAAGAAUAACAGUGCGUUAAACGGGAAAACUGUUUGUACUACAAACCAGUGUGUUCAUAAUUAAGAUAAUACAUUAAUAUAUUAUAGCAAGACACACUAAUUUGCAAUAUCAUGCAGUAAAACGAGUUUUGUAAAGUUAAAUAUAGCCGGACCCAUAAAAUGUACAAAAUAGCCGCGCCGUUCUUACGGGAAGAAAAAGCUGGAUAGGAUUUGCUCGGUUUUUGCCAUAAAGACGAUUACUACAAAAAGUAUUUAAAAAUUUGGUUUAUAGUGAGGGGUUUAUAAGAGAAGUAAUUGAUGUAAAGAAUAAAAUACUGUUUUAAUAGACACAAACAACAUAUUGACACAUUUUAUUAUCAAAUCGCUUAAUUUUCUGUUCUAUUGAAGCUAUGACUAAACCCUAAAAUGACUGACUCAACAUAAGUUUUUAAAAAGAAAACCCCACAUAAUUUUUAUUUCAGUGUUUUUUGCUUUUUUGAAAUACAAAAAGGGGGGGAAAAAAGGGGUAAACCGAGAAUAUUUAAUUUGUAUUGAACCUGGAAUAUUCCUUUAAUAGACAAACUGAGUGAACGGGUGAUUAUGAAGAGAGCGAUCAGCGGAUUUGGUUGUGUUGGAUUACCACAGCUGUCUUAUAUAACGGUUAUGCUGGUUAUCAUGGGAUUUCACUGAUUCAUGCAAAGCCUCUGCUUAAGCAUACGGUUCCAAUCUCUCUUCUUUCUUGUCGGAUGGCCUGUCGUAGACUUUUAAGAUGAGACUUUUACCUUCGUCUGUGUGUA